AUGCACAGAGUGUAAGUAAAAAUGCGUGCAGGAAUAAAAAAAGUCGGGCAAAACGAAACGCUCGGAGUGGGAGAUAUCGAAGAAUAUAUAUGGACUGGAAAGUUGAUUAUUGGUGAGAAUUGUUAAUUUAAAACGAUCAUUGGAUGUUUCAAAAUUGCAAAAAAAAAAAAAAAUACAGAGUUACUGGAAAAUUUUGGUUUGUUAUAACCAUAUAUAAAUACGUGUAACGAUAAAAGAUACAAAGUACGCGACUUGAUUGGAAGUCGUAGUUAUAAUUUUUAAAGUUAUGGCUUUGAGAGGAAUUAAAGUUGUUGAGUUAGCUGGAUUGGCUCCAGCUCCGUUUUGUGGUAUGGUCUUGGCUGAUUUUGGAGCAUCUGUUAUUAGAAUUGACAGACCUGAUGCAGCCAACUUAGAUUCUCUUGGUCAUGGAAAAAGAUCGAUUUCGUUGAAUUUGAAGUCAGAAAAGGGGAUAAAUAUCUUUAAAAAAUUAAGUAAUCAGUGUGAUGUGUUGAUUGAUCCCUACAGAAAAGGAGUAAUGGAAAAAUUGAAACUGGGCCCCUCAGAUCUCAUGAGGACUAAUGAGAAAUUAAUUUAUGCAAGAUUAACCGGAUUUGGUCAAAGUGGCCCUUAUGCUGAAAUGGCUGGCCAUGACAUAAAUUAUGUUAGCUUAUCAGGUCUCUUGUCUCUAUUUGGUCGUUACAAUCAAAAGCCAACACCACCAUUAAACUUGGCUGCAGAUUUUGGUGGUGGAGGAUUAAUGUGUGCGUUUGGCAUAGUCAUGGCUUUGUAUGAACGUAACAGGAGUCAACUGGGCCAAGUUAUUGAUACAUCAAUGGUUGAAGGAGCUGCGUAUUUGGGAAGUUGGUUUUACAAAUCGCUCAAAACUCCAGGACUUUGGGAUCAACCCAGAGGAAAGAAUUUACUAGAUACAGGCGCACAUUUUUACGAGACUUAUGAAACAAAAGAUGGCCAGUACAUGGCAGUUGGCGCGUUGGAACCGCAAUUCUAUGCUGUGCUUUUGGAAAAGCUUGGCUUGACCGAAGACGAAUGUCCACAAUUCGACGACUUUGAAAAAAAUCGUGAAAAAUUUGAAAGAAUAUUUAAAACCCAAACUCAAGCUCACUGGUGCGAUGUGUUUGAUGGAAGCGAUGCCUGUGUCACUCCUGUUUUGACAUUUGACAGCGUCUCCUCCCACAAACACAACAGAUCGCUCGGUAGUUUUGGCAAAACGAAAGAUAAUUUAAUUGCUCCAAAUCCAGCCCCGCGAUUAACUAGGACACCUGGAGAGUCCUGCUCUAAAAAAAGUAGUAAUAUAAAUCCUGGUGAACACACAUUCGAAAUUCUCAACGAACUGAAAUUCACAGCUGAUGAAAUAAAAAACUUUGUAGACGAGCAGGUGGUCAGACAGUUUAAAAAGUCCAAAAUUUAAAUUGAAAAAUGAAAUUUAUUUGUUUAAUUUGUUAAGUUUUUAAUAUAUAUAUAUG